UUCCUUGCCUUCCCACUUUCUCCGAGCAAUCCUCGUCACUUGCUUGCCCUCCUGCCUGCCUUCUGGGAGGAGUUGGUUGACUAAAGUAAUCAGACGAAUGAGGGCGAGCUGGGGACCUGACCUUUGCGGGCCUGGCCUGCCCGCCGUUGAAUCAUCUUCAUGUCUCGCCCAUGUGGGUGUCGGAUGCUUGCGCCCGUCUCAUUGGCCCUUGAGCUGCAGCUACCUUGCCUGCCAUCCCUGACCAUGACCCCAUACCGGGAUACAGCCGCUCUUGCUGCAGUCAUCUUCCCCUGCCAUAAACGGUCAUUCAACUUCUGCUGCUGGUAUUUCGCGCAUAUGCCUGCUCUGCCUGCCCUGACCCCAGCAACUGGCUGUGGUACCUCCAUGUUGGUUCCAUCCAUGGGCUUCAGGGCACGGCAUUACCCAUUCAGCCGAAGUUCUAUAGCUCAGGGUCCUCUGAUAUAUGGCCUUGUCACUCUUCUCAUCCUCUCUUGUGUCAACCCUUGACAAAAAAAACAACGGUGUGGCUCAGCUGUUCCAUGCCCGGGAGAUCUGAUAAUAUAGAGCGACAGGGCAUUAGCUCGCGGCUUCGCUCUAAUCGAGUGAAGCUCCGCUAUAGCCACUGUCCUCCCUCAGGUACCAGGUACCCUCCCCCCCAGAUCUUCCAGCGAGACCUUGGCCU